AAUUCAGUUGUUGCUGGGUAAAAUUUAAAGUAAACAAUUUCAAACUCACCAGUUUAUUUUACAGUGGCCAACCAUGACGACAUUGAUGCACCAGUCUGAGAUUACCAUUGAUCCGUACGUUCACGAGUACACGGAUCCACAUGAAAUUAUGGCCUACCAAACUUGCAAGAUUCCAGACUGGGACGGAUCUAGCCAGACAUCGUGGUCAGUAGCCAGAUCAAUAGAGCAUGAUAUUCUUGAAUCGAAAGCACCGUCGUCAUCUGACUCCGCAAAACAACAACGGCGUUGUGACAAAUUGUGCAGAAAUGUCUUGUUAACUUUCCUUAUUUUGAGCGUCGUGACUGCUGUAGUUGCUGCAAUAGGACUUUCUGUUUUCUUAACACUACAUGAUAAUGGUUUCGCAAAAGACAAAGGUCACCAUCACGGUAACCACAUACACCCAAACAUAACAACAGAAGAGGAGAUGUAUUUAUCAAAAAUAUUCUGCAGUCUGGUGAAAAUCUUGUUAAGAAACACAGACUUUCCUGUAGAAACAGGUCUAGAGAAUUGUCAUACAGUUUUGUUGUAA